CCCUCUCUUUUACGGCCUUCCACCUGUCCCUUUUCCGUGUACCGCUGCGGACGGGGUAUAAAUGCGCUGCCGGUCCCGCUACAUGGUGGUCAGUCUUCAUUCAGCUCUUCACUUUCGCUCUAUCCUUUUCUUUUUACUGCUGGAAACAUGCUGAGAUAUUUGUGUUUAGCGUUGACGGUGAUUGUGUCGUCCGCUUUGGCGGCGCCAGCUGAGUUGCCAACGCAGAGGGAGCCCAAGAAGAUCGUGCCUAUUCUGAAACAAAUUAAUCAACUCAACGAGGAUGGAUCGUACACGUUCGGGUAUGAAGGAGGAGAUGGAACGUUCCGAGUGGAAACCAAAGACAUCAAUGGCUACACGAAAGGACGUUACGGUUUUAUCGAUCUGGACGGUAAAUCUCACGUUCUCGAAUACAUUGCCGGCAAGGAAUCUGGCAGUACUGUUGGAUUUGUCCCCAGUGGAGCAUUGGUUCCCGUCCCGAUCGUUCGUUCCAUUGCCACUGCCGAACAGAAAGCGCUAGAUUUUCAGUAUUUGAGUGUCGAUGAUGACGAAGACGGGAUGCCUGACAGACUACCGGGACAACCGCUUUCAAUCAUCUCCCCGGCAAAGGUGGUUCAGCAACAACAGAAGAUAGGCCAGUUCUUGCAACCGACUUUCAUCAGGACUUCACCUGCUGUCAUCGUUCGCCAACAGCAGCAACCCGUCCGAAAACAGUUUACGCAACAAGAUCUUCAAUUCCAUAGCAUCGAUGCUAAUGAAGAUGGCAUUCCCGAUCAGAUUUUCCCAGCCGCCGGUAUCCCGAUUUUCGGUGGCCGCAUUAUUUAAGUUGUUCACACAUGGAAUGGGUUUUAAUAGUGACACCAUUCCAUUCUCAACCCUGCACGAAUGUUGACCGAAAGCCACGCUCUGUUUUCAUAUCGCUGAAUUAUUUUUGGUUUAUUUGUAUCAUAUCUACUAGAAACUGCUUGCAUUUACAAAAAUGCCACAGUGAAAAAACUAUCAAUAUAAUUGCUGUGGUUUUCUAA